GCGGCGCCCAGCAGCUAGGCCCGCACGUGUGUGUGCUGGGAUUCCUGAGCCGCGCCGGGCCGGGCCCCCUCCUGCCCCGGGACCAUGAAGAACAAAUCCGCCUCCCACAAGGCGGCCAACACGCACAGGUUUCUCACCUUUUCAGAACGCUUAGGCAAUGUUAAUAUUGAUAUUAUUCAUCGGAUCGACAGGACUGGAAGCUAUGCGGAGGAUGUUGAAACCUAUUUUUAUGAAGGACUGCAGAAAUGGAAAGAGCUGAACCUCACCUGUCAUUUUGUAAAGUUCUACAGGGAAGUGGUUAACAAAUGCCAGUCAUUCAACCAGCUGGUAUAUUAUCAGAGUGCUGUUGUGCAAAGCUUGAAGACUCAUCUGCAAAUCAAAGGCAGUCUUGCUUAUCAACCCCUUCUGGACCUAGUGGUUCACCUGGCUCGAGAUCUGCAGACAGAUUUCUACCCUCACUUCCCAGACUUUUUUCUGGCUAUUACCAAGUUGCUGGAUACCCAGGACACAGAGCUGCUGGAAUGGGCUUUUACCUCUCUUUCCUAUCUUUACAAAUACCUGUGGAGAUUAAUGGUGAAGGAUAUAUCCAACAUAUAUAGUUUAUACAGUACCCUGUUGGCUCACAACAAACCACACAUCAGAAAUUUUGCUGCUGAAAGCUUUACCUUUUUAAUGAGGAAGGUUUCUGAUAAAAAUGCCCUGUUCAAUUUAAUGUUUCUGGACUUGAGAGAGCACCCAGAAAAGGUGGAGGGUGUCGGGCAGUUGCUUUUCGAGAUGUGCAAGGGGGUUAGAAACAUGUUCCACUCUUGUGCAGAGACAGCUAUAAAGUUAAUUAUGCUAAAGCUGGGGCCUAUAACAGAAGCUGAAGUUAAGCUUCCAUGGAUUGUUGUUGGAGAAGCCUUCAAAUAUAUGGUAAAAUCAGCUGCAGUGUACAUCUACAAGGAGCAUUUUGAUGUUCUCUUCAGUUGUUUGCAAGACUUCGUCAUAGAAUUGCGAAAGAAAAUAACUAAGACUAACUCUUCUGAGAGUUCGUCACAAUUUGAAAUGAUAUUGCAAGUAUAUCUGAUCCUAGCAGAACAUGGAAACGGGUCCAAAAUCUCACAACCUGAAGCAGUUUGUAAGACAUUAACAACAAUGUUACAAACACCGGAUCUCUCAGCAUCGUGUUGUGAGACCCUGCUUAAAGCCAUUUCUGCCUUGCUUCUUGCUGAAAAUGUGUCUCUGCCAGAUGCUUUGACUAAGGAAACUAUUGAGAAGGUAUUUAGAAGUGGGUUUGAAAGACACAACCUUUUGAAUUUCUCUGAGGCAAUGUUUGCAAUGAAACAGUUUGAGAGGCAUUUUCUUCCAUGCUUUCUGGAGUACAUUGAGCACUGCUUCUCUAGAGAAGAUGUUCAGGCUAACAAUGAGGCCUUAGCAAUUCUGGCUAAACUUAUUCUGGUGAAAGCAGAACCUCCCACAGUUGGCUCAAUGGCUUUUGAAAAGUAUCCUCUUGUUUUCACACAGUCAUCCAUAGGGGCCAGUACAAGACAGCAGAAAAAUAAGAGCAAUGGAGAAAGGUCACCAGUGCCUGUGCUGGAUCACAUUCUAUCUCUAAUUCAGUUAACAGGAAAUGAAGACGUUACUGAUCUUUCACACUCUUGGGCUGCCCUUGUGGUACUUCCACAUAUUAGGCCAAUAGACAAAGAAAAAAUCGUGCCACCAGUUACCAGGUUUAUAGAAUCCCUCUUCGUGGCUAUUGACAAAGGAGGUCUCCGCAAAGAAAGCCUGUUUGUGGCCUGUCAAGCUGUGAGCACACUACUUAGUUUAUCAGAAUCUUCUGAAAUUCUCCUUUUGUUACCUGUGGAACGUGUGAAGUGCUUGGUGACCGCCUUCCCUUCAGAUCCAUCGGCCUUGCUGUUGGCUGAUCUGUAUUAUACCAGGUUGGCACUGUGUGGUUGCCAAGAUCCACUUUCCCAAGGGAACUUAAUGGAUUUGUUUGAUAAAUUGCUUACAAAUCUUUCCACCAGCUUAUCCAAGGUCCGGCUCUUGACUGUAAGGAUUUUAAGUCAUUUUGAGGCUCUGCUGCCUACCCCAACUGAGGGUGAUGGACCAGGUGAGCUUCAGUCUGUGUUUGCCCUAUUACUUCAAGCUGAACUUGUUCCAGCGACUGUAAAUGAUUACAGGGAGAAACUUCUGCAUUUAAGAAAACUCAGAUGUGAUGUGGUGCAGGCUGCAAUACCAGAGGGACCAUUACGUGAGGUGCCUCUUCGAUAUUUAUUGGGAAUGCUUUAUGUUAACUUCAGUCCUCUCUGGGAUCCUGUUAUUGAGCUUAUAACUUCUCAUGCUAGUGAAAUGGAGAAUAAACAGUUUUGGAAAGUCUAUUAUGAACACCUGGAGAGAGCUGCUACUUAUGCAGAAAGGGAGUUGCAAGGGGAGCUGGAGGAAGAGCAGGAACACACUACAGAUACGGAGAAUGAGACGAUUUCAGGAGGAGAUGUGAGGACUCUGCAUCUUGAGCAGCUGAGGCUGAGAACAGAUUUCAGUGAGAGGAUGGAUCACACAAAUUUCCGUUUUCUGCUGUGGAAAGCAUUGGCCAAGUUUCCUGACAGAGUGGAGCCCCGGUCAAGGGAGCUUUCCCCACUUCUCUUGAGAUUCAUUAGCAAUGAGUAUUAUCCAGCAGAUUCACUGGUAGCUCCCACCCAGGAUCUUAAAAAGAAAAAUAAUGGUGCAGUAGAAGAAGAAAAACCUCCUGAAGAAAUAAAUCAAACUACAAUGGCAGAGGAAGGGGAGGAGGGAAAGGAAGAGGGAGAAGUAGAAAGACCAGCAGUGGAAGUACUGGUUGUUGAAGGGUUUCAGAAAAAGAAAACGAGAAGAGCUGCUGCUAAGCAACUAAUAGCCCAUUUGCAAGUUUUCUCUAAAUUUUCAAAUCCUCGAGCACUGUAUAUGGAGCCAAAGCUGAACGAAUUGUAUACCCAGUUGUUGUCCCAUCAAGACCAAAAUGUGCAAAAAAUAGCUCUUGACUGUAUCAUGACUUACAAGCAUCCACACUUGUUUCCAUAUAGGGAGAACUUGCAGAGGUUACUGGAAGACAAGAGCUUUAAAGAAGAAAUAGUCCAUUUCAGCAUAUCUGAGGAAAACACCAUAGUUAAAACGCAACACCGACCAGAUCUUGUUCCUGUCCUUGUGAGAAUUCUGUAUGGGCGGAUGAGAAACAAAACUGGAAGCAAAACACAGGGCAAGUCUGCUGCAGGCACUCGGAUGUCAAUUGUUCUGAGGUUCCUUGCUGGUUCGCUGCCUGAGGAAAUUCGUAUGUUCCUGGAUCUGCUCUUUGAACCUGUGAAACACUUCAGCAAUGGACCUUGCCAGAUGGCAGUGCUCCAAACAGUAUCACAGCUGGAUUUAUCUAAAGUCCUGCCUCUAGGUCGUCAGCACAGUCUGUUCAAUAGCCUUGAGGUUGUAUUGAAAAACAUGGGACAUCUGAUCAGUCAGUAUCUAUCUGAAAUUUUGCAGAUUUUACUGUGUAUGACAGCAACCAUAUCCUACAGCCUUCAGCAAAGAGAGAAGAUCCAACUAAGGUUUAUCAACCCAUUAAAAAAUUUAAGGCGUCUUGGGAUCAAACUCAUAGCUGCGUUUUUUUCUGAUUUUGAGACCUACACCUUUAGCUCGGAAGAGACUGAUGCAGUUUUUCAUGCAGUUAUCUGGCCCCAGAUCAGCAGACUUGCUUCUGAGAGCCAGUAUUCUCCCACUCUGCUGCUCAAACUCAUUCAUAUCUGGAGCAAGAAUCCCAGGUACUUCCCUUUAUUGGCCAAGCAGAGACCAGGACACCCAGAAUGUGAUAUACUGUCAAAUGUCUUUGCUCUGCUCUCAGCCAAGAGCCUGUCUGAGCCCACAGCCAAUGUUGUGAUGGAUGUGACUGACAGUCUCCUCAACAGCCCAGAGUUUGAACCCACAGAGUUGCUUCCUAGUUUGACUGUGAACGACUGUGUUUUCAAAGACACUGAUGAAAUGACAGAAGAGUCUCCGAGCCUGGGUGUCUGGUUAAUUCUACCUCAUGUUCCUGUCAUCCUUCAGUAUCUCAGCAAAACUAUGUUAAAUAUGGAGAAAGUGAAAAAGAAAAAGUUUAGAGCCCAAGUCAGCAAAGAGCUCAACAUUCUUUCCAAUAUCAGCAAGUUUAUACAAGACAAGGGUCAGAGUUCUGUACUCAUCAGUCUCCUCCUUCCUUUCCUUCACCAGAGUAACAUCAUGCAGGAUACAGAGAUUGACAUCCUGGAGACUGUGCAAAAUUUGCUGAGGCACUGCUCAAACCCCACAAGCUUCCUCAAACCUCUGGCAAAACUUUUCUCUGUAAUUCAGAACAAAUUAUCUCGACAGAUGCUCUGUUUGGUGUUUCAGUCUUUAUCUGAUUUCGAGAGUGACUUGAAAUACAUUACGGAUGUAGUUAAGCUGAAUGCCUUUGAUCAACGGCAUCUUGAUGAUAUCGACUUUGAUGUUCGCUUGCCAGCAUUCCAGGCAAUUGCUUCUCAUAUCAAAGAAAUGCAAGAAGUGGAUAUCAACUUUAUCAUUCCAGUUAUGCAUAAUUGCUUUUAUACCAUUCAGUUGGGAGAUAUGUCCUUAAGCGACAGUGCCAACCUGUGUUUGACUAGCAUUAUCCGUCGGCUAGCAGAAAUUGAACACAGAGAAGAUGAAUAUAAAGAAAUAAUCCAGCACACUCUCCUGGAAGCUCUGAGAAAGGGCUUGAAAAGCAAAACUGAAAGCAUUCAACAAGACUACACAUCAUUGCUUUCCUGCUUGAUUCAAACGUUUCCAAAGCAUGCUGAGUUUCAGGACUUGGUCCAGCUGACUGACUGCCAUGACCCUGAGAUGGACUUCUUUGAGAACAUGAAGCAUAUUCAGAUCCACAGAAGAGCACGAGCCUUAAAGAAAUUAGCUAAACACAUAAGUGAAGACAAGAUUGCUCUGUCCUCCAAGUCUCUGCAGAAUUACAUCAUGCCUUAUGCAACUACAACUAUUUUUGAUGAGAAAAUGCUUAAGCAUGAAAAUAUGAUAACUGCUUCGGUUGAAGUUGUAGGAGCUGUUUGCAGGCAUCUCUCUUGGUCAGCAUAUAUGUACCAUUUAAAGCAUUUCAUUCAUGUUUUGCAAACUGGACAGAUCGAUCAAAAACUGGGUGUGAGCUUGUUAGUGACCAUACUAGAAGCUUUUCACUUUGACCAUGAAACACUUGAAAAGCGUCUUGAGACAAUUCAGAAUGAAGAUGCAGAUAUCAUGGACAUUGAGCAGGGAGCAGAGAACGAAGAAGCCAUGGAAAUGGAGCAGAGUGAGGGGGAGGAGGAACCAGCUGAGGAAGAGAAGGCCCAGAACAUCCCUGAAGAUGGUGGAAACCAGAAUGACCCAGCACAAAUUCAGCCUGAACAGGCAGUCACUAGAGAAUCUGAGGGCAUUCAGAAAGUGGUCACAUCUAUUUCUUCCCUUCCCAGAAAUAAGGAAGAGCUGGAGUGUCUGAUAAAACACAUUCAAGAAACAGUAAUUGAGAACAUCUUGCCCAAGUUACGCAGGUGUCUUGCAGCAAAGGUGAAAAGAGAUGAGGAGCACAAGCUUGUGAAAUCGAAAGUUGUGAAUGAUGAAGAGGUGGUCCGAGUCCCUUUAGCUUUUGCGAUGGUCAAAAUAAUGCAGUCUCUGCCACAGGAGGUGAUGGAAGCUAAUCUACCAAGCAUUCUCCUGAAAGUCUGCUCACUUCUGAGGAACAGAGCACAGGAAAUCCGGGACAUUGCACGGAACACCCUCACUAAAAUAAUAGAAGCUCUGGGAGCCCAGUAUCUGCAAUACAUCCUAAAAGAGAUGCAGUCAACUCUUGUCCAUGGGUACCAGGUCCACGUGCUGACUUUCACUGUGCAUCUCUUACUGAAAGGCCUUACCAGUAGGCUACAUGCUGGCGAUCUGGACCCUUGCUUAGACAUUCUGAUUGAGAUUUUCAAUCAGGAGCUGUUUGGAGACAUUGCUGAAGAAAAGGAGGUCAGGGGAAUCGUCUCCAAGGUCAUGGAGGCUCGGCAAAGCAAGAGUUAUGAUUCCUAUGAAAUCCUUGCCAAGUAUAUAGGGAAAGACCAAGUGACCAGACUCAUUCUUCCAUUAAAAGAGAUCUUAGAGAAUACCACAAGCCUGAAGAUAUCCCGCAAGGUGAAUGAAACGUUGCGUCACAUUAUGGCAGGAUUGAUUCUGAAUCCGGAAAUGAAUGCAGAAUCUGUACUCCUGCUCAGCCACGGCCUGAUCAGUGAAAAUCUGCCUCUGUUAACUGAAAAGGCAAAAACUAAAGCCACACCUCCUUCAGAUCCUCGUCUGCAACCAGAAAGCUGCCUGCUCCUCCCACCUACUCCAAAUCGAGGAGGACAGAAAGCACCUGUUAGCAGCAGGACUAACAUGUAUAUCUUGGUUGACUCAGGACUCCGGCUGCUGCACAUGAGUCUGAAGAGAUCCAAAAUUAAUUCUUCAGAGGAGCGCGUUUUAGAAAUGCUGGAUCCUUUUGUUCAGCUGCUGAUAAACUGCCUGCAGUCCAGGGAUGUGAAGGUGAUCACUAGUGCUCUGCAGUCUUUUGUGUGGAUUUUAAAGUUCCCUUUGCCAUCUAUUGAAAAGAACCUGGAGCAGCUCACCAAGCAGCUCUUCCUUCUGCUAAAAGACUUUGCCAAGACAGGAGCAGCCAAGAGCCAGAACUUUCAUUUGGUCGUGAACUGUUUCAAAUCUGUGACUAUACUUGUGAGGAAUACGAAGAGUCACAUAACGGACAAACAGCUACAGGUGUUGCUUGGGUAUGCUGAAGAAGACAUCUACGAUACCUCACGUCAAGCCACCGCCUUCGGUCUUUUAAAGGCUAUUGUAUCCAGGAAGCUGAUUGUUCCUGAGAUUGAUGCUGUCAUGCAGAAGGUCGCCAAGCUUGCUGUGACGGGGCAGGGUGAGCCAGUGCGAGUCCAGUGCAGACAGAUUUACCUGAAAUACAUUCUUGACUACCCCCUUGCUGACAAGCUGAGGCCUAAUCUGGAGUACAUAUUCGCUCAGCUUAAUUAUGAUUAUGAGACUGGAAGAGAAUCUGCGUUGGAGAUGAUUGCAUACCUCUUUGAAAUGUUCCCUCAGGGAUUACUACAUAUAUACUGUGGGUUAUUUUUCGUUCCUCUUUGUAUGAUGAUGAUAAAUGAUGACUCCGCAAAAUGCAAGAAGAUGGCAGCCGUGGCGGGAAAAUCUCUUCUCAGCAAGAUAAAUUCAACAAAACGAGACCUGAUGUUUUCAUUAGUUACCACAUGGUUUAACAGUGAGAAGAAUUCACACAGGAGGUUAGCUGCCCAGGCCUGUGGCUUGUUCGUGGAAGCCGAGGGGGUAGAAUUUCAAAGACGACUUGGAGUUGUUCUCCCGCUGAUCGAAAAAGAAAUUGACCCUUUGAAAUUUGAGGAUAUAUCUGAAGAGACUGAAGAAAAGGCUGCAGAUAGACUGCUGUUCAGUUUUCUUAUUUUGAUAACAAAGCUAAUCAAGGAAUGCAACAUUAUUGAGUUAACCAAUCAUAAUGAGAUUUUGAGCAAUAUCUGGUGCCAUGUCCAGUCCCAUUUGCGGUAUCCUCACAACUGGGUGUGGCUGACUGCUGCUCAGAUUUUUGGUCUGUUGUUUGCUUCUCACAAGCCAGAAAAACUUGUCAGCAAAUGGAAGGAGGGAAAGGCAGGAAAGAAGAAAAGUGCCGUGUCAGAGCCAUCAGCAUCCACCUUCCUCACAGAUGAGCUGGACAAAAAGAUGAAGAAACUCGCCUUGGCGUUCUGCCACCAGUUGCAGUCCAAAUUUCUGGAUCAGUCCCUUGGGGAACAGGUUAUAAAGAAUUUGCUGUUUGUGGCCAAAGUUCUCUAUCUUCUGGCCCCUGACUCAGAGAAGGAUGAGGAGGGCAAAGAUGAAAUGGAUUGUGAAACAGGAGCACAGGAUGCUUCUGAGGUUGAAGGUAAGGAAGCUCCAGCUCAGGAAGAGAAGGACAGUGAAGAAGCAGAAGAGAAAAGCAGGCCAGCCACACUGUUAUGGGUGAUGAAAAAGCUCUCCCUAAUGGCAAAGCGAGAAGCAGCGUACUCCCCUAAAAGCCCUUUAAAGAGAACUUGCAUCUUUAAGUUUCUUGGAGCAGUAGCAAUGGAUCUGGGAAAAGACAGGAUCAAGUCAUAUCUUCCAACAAUAAUCACACCACUGCACAGAGAGCUGAGCAGCACAUAUGCUGAGCAAGAUCCAACGCUGAAGAAUCUUUCCCAGGAAAUUAUAGAACUGCUUAAGAAAUUAGUUGGCCUGGAGACCUUUUCGCUUGCCUUUGCUUCUGUGCAGAAACAGGCCAAUCAGAAAAGGGCAAUCAGGAAAAAACAGAGGGCUUUGCAGACUGUAGCAAACCCUGACAUUGCUGCCAGGAAGAAGCUGAAGAAACAUAAGAAUAAAAUAGAAGCAAAGAAGAGAAAAAUAGAGUUCUUGAGGCCUGGAUACAAGGCCAAGAAACCAAGGAGUCAUGCACUGAAAGACUUGGCAAUGGUAGAAUGAAGGCAGUUUUUUUCCCCAACAAGCCUACUCAAGAUAUCUGGAGUAUAUAUUUAAUAUGUAGCUUCUGUCACCAAGGGACUGCAGUAGUGUAUACUCAUGAGGACUUAAACUUCAGUGCUAGGACUCUGGAAAUUUCCAACGCCAAAAACUGUUGUUGCAGCCAGAUAUCAGUAGCUGAACAUAAUUUCCUCAAACAUAACUGAUGAUGCUAUUUUUAAAGAUGUAUUUAUUUGUAAUUUUAAUGUCCAUUGGCAUCUGUAUAAUCACCUCAAGUCUUACAUAAAGCCAUUUAUUGAGCUUUCCUCCCUUAAAAAAAAAGUGAGCUACAGCCUGGACUAAUUUUUAAAUUAGUCCAGCCAAAGCCUUUGGUUUGCUGUGCAUUAAUAAACUAUGGAAUGGAUUUGAGUACAGUUUAAUGUACCAAUACCAUGGAUUUUUCUAAUUAAAAUGUGCUGCAAGCACACUGGAAUUCA